GUCUGGUAUGUUCGAAUCGAAUGUAAAUGAAGAAGUGCUGAAGUUCCUCUCUAUUAAUAAAUGUCGUGCCGGAUCUCUGGUACCUGAACAUCUUUUAUCGGAAUCGCAAAAGAGGGAGAGAAGAGAGCGAGGACCUCUUCUUCAUACCUUUUAACAUGCCAAUUUGAGGUCUGGAGGAUGCUGAUAGACAGACACAAAGUUGUAGAGGCAGUUUCCUAAUAGAUAAUGGAUAGAGAAAGAAGGGGCAUGAAUUUUGGACUGCAGUACGAGCACUUAUCCAGGGCAAGGAUGAUGGGACGCUUCAUGGACCGUGAAGCCAAUAGGCCACGGUAUUAUGGUGUCCUGCGUGUAGAAAACACACUGCUAAGUAAGGGAGAAGGGCUUUUUGUAGAUGGUAUGCCCGUCUCUUCAGGGAAUAGCUACUUUGAGGUUGAGUUGUCAAAUCCAUUGAAAGUGCCAUCAAUUUGUGUUGGUUUGUCCCCACCUGAUCAAAAGCCAGGAACAGCAUUAGGAUCUGAUGACAAAUCGCUAGGCUACAAUGUCACUGAUUCCUCAGUUCAUUAUAAGGGAGAGGCAACUCAGUAUGAGGCAUGUAAGAAAGGAGACAAAGUAGGAUGUGGUGUGAAGUUUCCUGAAGAUGCAAAAGAUGAAGAAACCCGAACAGUUUACUUCACAAUCAACGGCAAAGAGAUUGCAAGCCAAGAUGUUGAGUUUCCAGCUUGUGGGCUUUUUCCUGCCAUCUCUUUCAAAACAGCUGGUGAUCGUGUACAGGUCCAUUUGCAGGCCGAUGGCCCCAGCAUGGUGGAGGAGAUGGUGGUGGAUAGUUGCGAGGAGGACUGGGCUAGGCUGCACGAUGUUGAAGUUAAUGGACCCUUUUUAUCGUACAUGGGAAGAGGAAAGUCCACAACAGAUGUAGGACUAGCCCAGGCUAGAAAGCCAGUCACACCAACAAAUCACUACUUCGAAUUAGAGAUAAUAGACCCUGGUAAAAGCUGUUACGUUGCUAUAGGCCUAGCACGACGUAACUAUCCAAAAUCACGUCAUCCUGGUUGGAAUUAUGGCUCCAUAGCGUACCAUGCAGAUGAUGGAAAAUUAUUCAAUGGUGUAGGGCAAGGUGAUCCAUUUGGUCCCAGGUGUUACAAAGGUGAUAUUAUGGGAUGUGGGGUGAUGUUUCCAAGGGAUUAUCAAUUUGAUGAUGAAGAUAAAGAUGGUGAAGAAGAAGAGGGGGCGGUGUCAGUUUUACCCCCAAGAGAAGCUCUAUACGGGCUUGCUGAACUCAACCUUAUCUACCCUAGAGGUCAGUAUGAGGACGAUGAUCAAGACUUACUAAAUGAAGAACUAAUGGAUUUGCAAAGCCAAGGAAUUAGUGUCCAGGUCUUUUUCACUAGAAAUGGUAAAACAAUUGGAAGAAGAGAAGUGCGGAUACCGCAAGGUGGAUUCUUCCCAUCUAUAGGCAUGAUGAGCAUGGGAGAGAAGGUCCGCAUUGACCUCCGACCUUUGAGCGGUUGAAAUGUUACUUGCUGGCAUGUCUUACUUUUUAUAUAAACAUGCUUGUAAAUUGCACAUUAUACAAAUUAGUGUGUGUGUAUAUAUAUAUAUAUAUAUAAAAGAGUGAAUAUAUACACCCAACAUAUUUUUAUGGCUCAUUUUUUUUUUCAAUUAUUUUGCUGUUUGAAAAUUAAUACGUUUAAAAAUUAAUAAGAAACAUCUCCUCAAUAGUUCUUGAACAAUUUAAUGUCACAUGUUGGCUUUGUCCGCUAUAUCAUGUUCUUUGUAAUUAUCUGUAAUUUAAUAUAUAUGUUUUUAAAUUCUUUUUUAAAUUAAUUUUUUUUUACUGAACUAUGGGUUUGCAUUUUCUUAGUAGACCAAAUUUAAAGUCCAGGAUUAACCUUAUAGUUUUGGGCUAGUUAGCCCUUGUCCUGGAUUAAACCUGUUUCUUGAAACCAAGAUUGAUUAUCCAGAUUAUAUAUAUUUCCAAAAUACUGACCUAGAAAUUUAUAAUUUAUAAUCCAGAAGAAGGCCCAAGACAAGUAUUGAUGAACAAGUAUUUAAAUAGUGUUUUAACAAAUGUCAAGUGGCCUAGGUGAUUGUAGCUACCUUUGUUAAUGUGUGAGACACCAAACAAAUUGAGGCAUAUAGGCAUAACAAGCUACUUCAUACCCAUUUCUGUCGGGGGUUUGAACAUUUCUUGUCUAGCUAUUAUUUCUAUUAUGUAAAAUGUUGCAUUGUAUUAAUGUGCAUUAGUAAUAAUGUGCAUUAGUAAUAAUGAAAGCAUAGAUAUAGCAAAGACAGCUGAUACAAGUUGUUUUUCUGGCAGAGUUUUUUUUUUUCAAUUUAUAAUACAGCAUACUUUUAUAUUUAAUAUAAUAAUAGUGGGAGUGGUUGGCGCAGAGGUUUCAUUUCAGUACCUUAACAUCGAGGUCGGCGUUCAAACUUUUGCUGUGCAUUUCGCUUGUGUUCUUGGACAAGGUAAUUUACCUACGAUUGUCUCUCUCCACCCAGGAGUAUAAAUAGGUACCUGAUUCAGGGGAGGAAAAAUGUGGCGUGGAAAUAAAUUGACCACCCUACCACACAAUGCCGAGGCAUGGGCUAACAGCACAUUCCCUAUAUUCAGUAAUGAAUAUGGACUACCUUUUUUAAAUAUUUAUUCUACAAUCGUUAUAAAUUCAAUACCAUCGACCUUUUUUAUUACGUAUGACGUAAUAUUUUUUACUGGCAUGCUCUGCCUUUUUAUCCUGCAAUUGGAAUUAUUUACAGUAUUAUUAUUAUUAUUAUUAUUAUUAUUAUUAUUGAUAAAAAUUUUGUUAAUGUUUUAUUAUAGUUUUGGUUGAGAACUGUUUCUAUCGAAAGGAUGUGAAUUUUAGGUGAAAUUAUACUGUAAAAUGUGUAGUGUACAUAGAUAUAAAAAAUAAAUGUCUAAUGCAAGAAAUGUGAAGAUAAUGUUUUGAAUAUUUAAGCUAUCUUUUUGUAAAAGGGUUUCCUUUCUAAAAGGAUUAUUUUUAUGGCAUUUUUUUAACAUUUUAGUUUGCAAAAUAAAUUAGCUGCAUCUGCAAAAAA